UCUCGUCGAGGCGAAGUUCCCAUUUCGAGCCUCAAGCUGCCACUACUCGAGGUCGCACCACCGUUCCGUUGGGCUUGUGCGAAUGUCAACACAGCCCUACUUGCCACCGAACGCAGGACUUGGCCUUAUCGCCGAAUCUGCUUGAUCGUCGAGGCCAAGUGCUCGUUUGGCCUUCGAGUUGCCACCCUCGAAGUUGCUUUGACUUGCCUAAAUGUCGACGGUGUAGUUGGUCGAGGCAAAGUCAUUCAUUUGAAGCCUCUUGGUUGCCACCACCAAAGGCAAAUCAUCAAAUUGCUAGAGGAGGAGAGUUACCAUCUCUUCAGUAAACAUACGACGCAGCACGUCAUUGUGCCGUUUCUUUCUUCAUUGUCUUGUGAUUUGCCUGGUCGAUGAUCCACGAUGAUCAGAAGACAACCGGAUUAGAACGGGUUUUUUUAUUUUCUCGUUUUGGUGAGACAAGUCACGUAGAAAUUUGGCAAUGGGUAAGUCUUUUCAUCAUAUUAUUCCUCGAAGCUAAGUCGGUCUUAAAUCAUGGCCCAAGCCGAUUACUUAAGGUUUGUUGUAAUACAAUCCCCUGGUCCAUACCCGAUCUAAUCCCUAGCAAAUAUUUCGUUUGCUUGACCAACAUACAAAAUGUUUUAUUUUGUAUAUGUUUUUUUUCGAAUUAUCCUUUAAUAGCGACAUCUAUUGUAAGUCAGAAAAAGUAUUGAGGCAUUAAGUUUACUUAAAUGAAUGGUUCUACUACAUUUAUGGUGUAAUAUUAUAUGGUGUGUAAUACUAGAAAUAACUGGAAAUAACAGAUUUUGAAAAAUGACUUGUACAAUUAUAGGCUUUCUCGCUUGAACAGAAAUAUCUCUUACCCUGUCGGUUAUUUCUGAUCUAUUCUUUUUUAGCUCUAUAUGUCUUGUGUUUAUUCCUCACUUUAGAUGAGUAAUCGAUAUGACGAUACCAGUUUAGUGACCCACCGUUUAGAAGGUAUCAAUGAAGGACAAGGUGGUUUAAUUCUAAAAAAGAAAUUAACUUCGUCAAACGCAUCAGAUGAUCAAGAAAAACAACAUAUAUUUAAAGUUCCCCAACCUGUCUCAUUAUUCGGAUUAGAUAAAUUAGCUGCAGAAAAACGACGUAAUGUGGCAAAUGAAAAUUCAAGAGGGAAUACACCAUCAUCAACAAAACGAUCUAAAACAACAUCGUAUAGAGAUGAUGAUGAAAUGAUUGUAGACUAUCCAAACAAUAAUAAGUCAAAUACCAGUGAUAAACAAAAUGAAAAUGAUACAUCAAGAAAGACGGAGAGGCAUUUACGUGAACAACGAAUUGAAACGCCUUCAUCGACGAGAUCUGGUGAUGUAUAUUCGCAAGAUCGGCCAAAACCGCGUGAACGUGGAUUAGCUUAUGCAUCUGGUAUAAAAGAUCGAUUCGAACCGCGCAGAAAACAAGUAGAUGAAGAGAGAGAUACGUAUGAUACACCAAAUAUUCGUGGCAUUAGAGAAUCUCCUUCACGAACUGUAUGGGAUGAAGACGAUCCAAACCAGAAUCGUUCAUCCCAAUGGGAAUUACCUACACCGUCUGAUCAAUCAAGGCAUCAGCAUUAUAGACGAAAACGAGACACUGAUUAUUAUGAAAGAAAGCGAAAUGACACCCCUUUGCCAACUCCUAGUUUUCGCCGACAUAAACAUAGCGAAAUGGAUGAGGAUGAUGAACGACGUGCUUGGGAUGAAGAACAAAAGCGUGUAGAUCGUGAAUGGUAUAAUAACGAAGAUGGCUAUGAUGAUGGAAAUAAUCCAUUCUCAACUGUUAGUGAAGAAUAUACGAAAAAGAAAGAACAAGCAUUUGAACAAAGACGAAAUAAAAGGAUGUCAGCACAACAACGACAGAUAAAUCAAGAUAUUGAAAAAUGGGAAACAAAUCGAAUGAUAACAAGUGGUGUUGUAACGAAAAUUAAUUAUGAGCAAGAAUUUGACGAUGAGAAUGAAUCUCGUGUGCAUUUAUUAGUCAAUAACCUUGUACCACCGUUUCUCGACGGACGAAUACGUUUUACGAAACAGUUUGAACCUGUUAUUCCUGUCAAAGAUCCAACCAGUGAUAUGGCUGUGAUUUGCCGUCGUGGUUGUCAGUCAGUAAAAAAAUAUCGUGAACAAAAAGAACGUCGAUUGGCACAAGAUAAACAUUGGGAAUUAGGUGGCACGAAACUUGGUAACAUUCUGGGGAUUAAACGUAAAGAUGUCAAAGAAGAACAAGUUGAAGAUAUUGAUUAUAAAAAAUCUCAAAAAUUUGCUGAUCAUAUGCAGGCUAAAACAGAUGCAGUAUCGGAUUUUGCUCUAAAACGUACCGUGCAACAACAACGACAAUUUUUACCUAUAUUCGCUAUUAGGCAAGAUUUAUUGAAUAUAAUUCGCGAAAAUAAUAUUAUUGUUUGUGUUGGAGAAACGGGUAGUGGAAAAACGACUCAGAUGACUCAGUAUUUACAUGAAUCAGGCUAUACUGAACGUGGAAUGAUUGGUUGUACUCAGCCAAGAAGAGUUGCUGCAAUGUCCGUUGCAAAACGUGUAUCAGAAGAAAUGAAUUGUAAAUUGGGCGAAGAAGUUGGCUAUGCAAUUCGAUUUGAGGAUUGCACAUCAGAGAAAACGAUAAUUAAAUAUAUGACUGAUGGUAUUCUAUUACGUGAAAGUUUAACGGAACCCGAUCUAGAUCAUUACAGUGCUGUCAUCAUGGAUGAAGCACAUGAACGAUCAUUGAAUACCGAUGUUUUGUUCGGUCUGCUACGUGAAGUUGUCGCACGUAGACAAGAUUUAAAAUUAAUUGUUACUUCUGCAACAAUGGAUGCUGAAAAAUUUAGUGACUUCUUUGGUAAUGUACCAAUAUUUAUCAUACCAGGACGGACGUUUCCAGUUGAUACACUUUUUAGUAAAAAUGUUGUUGAAGAUUAUGUUGAUGCAGCUGUUAAACAGACUAUGCAAAUACAUUUGGGAGGAGGAGACGAACGUUUGGCUGAUUUAGACGGUGCUAAACCGUUAUCCGUUUUACCCAUCUAUUCUCAAUUACCAAGUGAUUUACAAGCAAAAAUAUUUCAGAAAGCACCAGAUGGUAUUAGAAAAUGUAUUGUAGCCACAAAUAUUGCUGAAACAUCUUUAACAGUUGAUGGUAUAAUUUAUGUUGUUGAUUCCGGUUAUUGUAAAUUAAAAGUAUUUAAUCCACGUAUUGGUAUGGAUGCAUUACAAGUUUAUCCAGUUAGUCAAGCGAAUGCUAAUCAGAGAAUGGGUCGUGCUGGUCGUACGGGACCGGGUCAAUGUUUUCGUUUGUAUACGGAAAGAAAUUAUCGUGAAGAAUUAUUGAAAACCAAUGUACCAGAAAUACAACGAACAAACUUAGCCAAUGUUGUUUUAUUAUUAAAAUCUCUCGGUGUACAAGAUUUAUUACAGUUUCAUUUCAUGGAUCCUCCUCCUCAGGAUAAUUUGAUGAAUUCUAUGUAUCAAUUAUGGAUAUUGGGUGCGCUGGAUAAUACUGGUGUAUUAACUACAUUAGGACGACAAAUGGUUGAAUUUCCAUUAGAUCCUGCCUUAUCAAAAAUGUUAAUCUCAUCUGUUGAAAUGGGUUGUAGUACAGAAAUUCUCAUUAUUGUUUCUAUGUUAUCUGUUCCAUCGAUAUUUUUUCGUCCGAAAGGUAAAGAAGAAGAAUCAGACGCAAAACGAGAAAAAUUUCAAGUACCAGAAAGUGAUCAUUUAACAUUUUUGAACGUUUAUAUACAGUGGAAAAAGAAUGGUUAUUCAACAAAUUGGUGUAAUGAUCAUUAUGUACAUGGGAAAGCAAUGCGUAAAGUACGUGAAGUCAGACAACAAUUAAAAGAUAUUAUGGAUACACAAAAAUUAGAUGUACGUUCAUGUGGAACAAAUUGGGAUACAGUGAGAAAAUGUGUAUGUGCCGCAUAUUUUCAUCAAGCAGCAAGAUUAAAGGGUAUCGGAGAAUAUGUUAAUUUACGUACGGGUAUGCCAUGUCAUUUACAUCCAACGAGUGCAUUAUUCGGUUGCGGAUUCACACCUGAUUAUAUUGUUUAUCAUGAAUUAGUUAUGACAACAAAAGAAUACAUGCAAUGUGUUACAUGUGUAGAUGGUCAAUGGUUAGCUGAACUGGGUCCAAUGUUUUUCAGUAUCAAAGAUUCAAUUAAAUCACGUGGUGAACGACGACGUAAAGAAGACAAUGAAAAAUUAACAAUGGAAGAAGAAAUGCGUAUUGCUGAGGAAAAAUUUAAACGAAUAAAAGAAGAAGCAAAUACAGCGAUACCAACACCAUCAGUUAGGUCAGCUAUAGUUAUGCCUGGAGCAUCGGUUUUAUCGACACCCAAACACACACCAUUUCGUAGUGGAUUUUGA